AUGCUUAACUCAACCUUUUCACACCGUAAGGCUCUCGUCCAGGAGGACCCAAAUGCCAAGGAUGUUCAAGCUACCACAACACCCAAAGCUCAAAAUGGGGGCCUGGUCAAGAAGACCGCUGGAACCACUCGACAACAUCGCUCAAGCUGGCCAAGUUUCCAAUGGUGGCUUAUGGCCAUCCCAUCAUUCAUCAUAUCAGCUUACGGCGCUGCAUUCUUCACUGGAAACACCCUGGGCGACCCACAAAUCAAGGCGAGAAUCAUUAUUUCACUCGGAGGCGUGAUCCACAUCGGGGGCUCCCUCGUGGCGAUGGGUCUCGGCCCGUUCCAGUUCCUCCCGCAGUUGCGGCAGCAAAACAUUCAGAUCCAUCGUUGGUUAGGAUGGGUCUAUGUCAUUGCGGUGACGACUGGUGGCAUCGCUGCGUUCUACGUCACAUUCAACAGCGAGGCAUUGCUAUGGGGCAAGGUUGGGUUUGACCUUCUCGCCUUGGGAUGGCUUGAGACUGCUAGACGGAGUAUUGUUGCCAUUCGGUCGAACGGAGACAUCAAGAGUCAUCAGGCGUGGAUGACGAGGAACUUUGCUCUCACUUAUGCUGCGGUAAUGCUGCGGUGGCAGCUGCCUUUGAUGAUCGCCGCGGGUAUGGAAGUCAGGUUCGCGCUGUCUAUCACCGGAUACAUCUCUUGGAUGCCAAAUCUUUGGUAUGUCGAACGUUUUGUGCUGAAGAAGGAUUGA